AUGGAGUUUACAGAGAGUACCGGUAUAUCUAUGUCGUAUGAGCCUGAGACACCUGUUUCUGAAACUCCUGCUGAUGAGAUAAAUGAUUCUCCAAUUGAGGAAGUCCGUCUAACUGUACCGAUAACAGAUGAUCCAACAUUGCCAUGUUUGACAUUUAGGACAUGGGUUUUGGGGAUAAUAUCAUGUGUUACUUUGUCUGUGUUGAACCAAUUCUUUGGUUAUCGACAAAAUGCUCUGUAUGUAUCCUCAGUUUCAGCUCAAAUUGUAGUACUUCCUAUUGGAAAGCUCAUGGCAGCAUCUCUGCCAAAGAAAGUUCUACGUAUCCCUGCAACGAAUUGGUCGUUUUCAUUGAAUCCCGGACCAUUCAACUUAAAAGAGCAUGUUCUUAUUACUAUAUUCGCCAAUUCGGGCUCAAAUUCUGUUUAUGCAGUGGGCAUUGUAACAAUUGUCAAGGCGUUUUAUCAUCGUAGACUUAACCCUCUUGCAGCAAUUUUGUUAGCACAAAGUACUCAGAUGCUUGGAUAUGGCUGGGCAGGAAUUUUCCGCAAGUUUCUUGUUGAUUCACCAUACAUGUGGUGGCCUUCCAAUCUGGUUCAAGUUUCUCUUUUUCGUGCGCUGCACGAGGUUGAAAUUCGACAGAAAGGAGGAUUAACAAGGCUGCAAUUCUUCAUUGUAGUCCUCGUUUCGAGCUUCUCAUAUUACAUUAUCCCCAACUAUCUAUUUCCAUCCAUAACUGCCCUCUCCUUUGUCUGCUGGAUAUGGAAAGACUCGGUCACAGCCCAGCAGAUAGGCUCCGGACUUCAUGGCAUUGGACUUGGCUCUUUCGCGCUUGAUUGGUCCACCGUUGCAGGUUUUCUGGGCAGUCCCUUGGCAACUCCAGGAUUUGCCAUUGUCAAUAUUUUGGUUGGGUUCAUUCUAGUUGUCUAUGUUGUGUUACCAAUUGCCUAUUGGAACAAUUUCUACGAUGCUAAGCGAUUUCCAAUAAUCUCUUCACACGUGUUUGAUGCUAAUGGAAAUCCUUACAACACUUCAGCAGUUCUUAUUGAGAAAACAUUUGAAUUCAAUCAACAGGGAUAUGAUAGUUACAGCAAGGUUCAUUUAAGCAUCUUUUUUGCAUUAGUCUACGGUUUAAGCUUCGCGACAUUGGCUGCCACUAUAUCACAUGUUGCACUCUUUCAUGGAAGAACAAUUUGGGAGCAAACUAAGGCAUCAUUUCAAGACAAAUUUGACGAUGUUCACACUAGGUUGAUGAAGAAAAACUAUGACCCUGUUCCUCAGUGGUGGUUUCAUUUGCUUCUGCUUUUGGUAAUCGGGCUAGCAUUGUUUACUUGUGAAGGUUUUGGCAGACAAUUACAGCUUCCUUACUGGGGACUCUUAUUAGCUAUUUGUAUGGCUCUAAUUUUCACCCUGCCAAUUGGUGUCAUUACAGCCACCACGAACCAGCAACCAGGACUAAAUGUCAUCACCGAGAUGAUUAUUGGCUACUUGUAUCCUGGAAAACCUCUGGCCAAUGUCGCCUUCAAAACCUAUGGCUACAUAAGCAUGUCACAGGCUAUUAUGUUCCUUUCAGAUUUCAAGCUAGGCCAUUAUAUGAAAAUCCCUCCAAAGUCCAUGUUCUUGGUUCAGCUAGUGGGAACAAUAAUUGCUUCAUCAGCUUAUUUUGGCACAGCCUGGUGGCUCUUGACCACUGUCGAGAACAUAUGCAAUCCAUCCAAAUUGCCCGAAGGCAGCCCCUGGACGUGCCCUGGAGACGAUGUUUUCUACAAUGCUUCCAUAAUAUGGGGCGUGGUUGGUCCCUUACGCAUGUUUGGUAGACUCGGGCUAUACCCUGCGAUGAACUACUUCUUCCUCAUCGGAAUUCUUGCACCGGUGCCAGUCUGGUACUUUUCACGCAAAUAUCCAGAGAAGAAGUGGAUAAGACUAAUCAAUAUGCCGAUAAUUAUAUCAGGUUCAACUGGUAUGCCAGUAGCCAAGGCUGUUAACUAUAUGUGUUGGUUUGCUGUGGGACUUUUCUUCAACUUGUACGUGUAUACGAGGUUUAAGGGGUGGUGGGCAAGGCACAAUUACAUACUGUCUGCAGGAUUAGAUGCUGGAGUUGCAUUCAUGGCGACACUCUGUUAUUUUGCGUUGCAAGCGAAUGACAUCAAUGGCGUGCAAUGGUGGGGUUUAGCGGUGUCCGAUCACUGCCCGUUGGCCAGUUGCCCCACCGCAGCCGGCGUACAAGUUAAAGGAUGUCCUGUCUUCCAUUGA